AUGCUCUCGGCAGCACGAAGAGCCGUGCUCGGCCAGACCUGGACGAGGCCAGCGUUCGCAACUUUCGCAACCAGCCCCUCCGCUCUUCGGAGGCUACUCUCAUCUCUUGCAGUCCUCGAGCAGCGGGAUGGCAAGCUCAAUGCCGGAUCUUUGAGUGCAGUCACAGCCGCGCAAAAGCUUGGAGGCUCCGUACAUGCAAUCGUUGCCGGGUCGAGCGUCAAGGGUGUGGCCGAAGAGGCUGCCAAGGUCGGAGGUGUAGAAAAGGUGCUGGUAGUCGAGAACAGCGCAUAUGAGAAGGGUCUCCCAGAGAACUAUGCGCCACUCUUAGUUGAAAAUAUCAAAAAGGGCGGCUACACCCACGUCAUUGCCGGCCACACAGCAUUUGGCAAGAGGUUGAUGCCUCGGGUCGCCGCUUUGCUUGACUCGCAGCAAAUAUCCGACAUCACGGCCAUCGAGAGCGAGGAUACCUUUGUCCGCCCCAUCUACGCCGGAAACGCCAUCGCCACCGUUCAGUCGAGUGAUCCGGUCAAGAUCAUCACCAUCCGAGGCACGGCCUUCCAGGCAGCCCCGACGGAGGGCGGAUCGGCAGCCAUCGAGGACGGUGCCGACCCCAAGGCCGAGUGUGCGUCCGAGUGGGUUUCGGAGGACCUGGCCAAGUCGGACAGGCCAGACCUCGCGACUGCUGGCCGCGUGGUUUCGGGUGGCAGGGGCCUCAAGUCCAAGGAUGACUUUGACAAGAUCAUGCUGCCGCUUGCAGACGCCCUGGGAGCCGCGGUUGGUGCCUCGCGUGCGGCUGUAGACAGCGGUUACGCGGACAACAGCCUGCAGGUCGGGCAGACGGGCAAGGUGGUUGCGCCGCAGCUUUACAUGGCUGUGGGUAUCUCGGGCGCAAUACAGCAUCUCGCCGGUAUGAAGGACAGCAAGGUUAUUGCCGCCAUUAACAAGGAUGCCGACGCGCCAAUCUUCCAGGUCGCUGAUGUCGGUCUCGUUGGGGACUUGUUUGAGAAGGUACCAGAGCUGACCGAGAAGCUCGGCAAGUCAUGA